GCUAAUAUUUAUUUUUUUACAUUGAUUUUUGUAAAGAUCGUGUUUUAAUUAUUGUUUAUAAUAUAUACAAUAAAUAAAAAGUUGCAAAUUAUGUUCCACUUACUAUUUAUACGAAAAUAGGGAAAUGAUUUUCAAAUUGUUAGGUAUUGUGUGUCUUUCAUGUUUACCGUUUAUCUUCAGUUUACGCGGCGAAUUUGUUUUCGAUGAUUCUGAAGCUAUUCUUAAAAAUAAAGAUAUAUCAUCAGAGUCAUGGUUUGACUGUUUCUAUAAUGACUUUUGGGGCACAAACAUCCAAAGUAACUUAAGUCACAAAUCCUAUCGCCCAUUGACUAUUCUCUCAUUCAGAUUGCAAUACUUUCUAAAUGAUCGAAAGUUGUCACCUAUUCAAUUCAAAAUUGGUAACUUGGUGUGUCAUGUUAUAUGUUGUAUAUUAAUUUGGCAUACUUUUGAGAGUAUAAUAAAAACAGUAGGCAAACAUGGAAAAAAGAAGUAUAGUAAUAUAGCAUAUCUGGCAUCUGCUAUAUUUGCAGUGCACCCUGUGCAUGUGGAGGCAGUAUGUGGCAUAGUAGGUAGAGCUGAUAUAAUAGCAGCCAUGACAUUUUUUCUAUCUUUCAUUGCCUACAAUAAAGCCAUCACUAGUGAUAAAGUGAUAUAUUUAGUUGCUGCUGUACUGUUGGCAACAGUUUCAAUGCUGUUUAAAGAGAAUGGUGUGACAGUAUUGGGCUUUUGUUUAUGUUAUGAAAUUAUUACAACAUUACUAAGGAAAGAUCUGACCAAUCCAAAAAAAUAUUUUAAAUACAAAUAUUUCCAUUCCAUAUUGCGAAUUGUUAUUACCGCCACAUCUAUAAUUGUAAUUCUUUAUGGAAGAUGGAUUGUUAUGGGGAGUACUACACCUAAUUUCAAACCAACGGACAAUCCCACUGCCUUCUCAGAAAAUAUUUACAAUAAGAUGGGGACAUACAACUAUAUAUAUUUCCUGAAUUGGCUAUUGUUUAUUUGGCCACAGUGGUUGUGUUAUGACUGGUCUAUGGGGUGUAUACCCAUAAUCAAAAGCACUUUGGAUUAUAGACUCAUGUUUGUAUUGUUAAUGUUUAUGUAUGCUAUACUAAUAUUAAUAGCAAUUAUAAAUAAACAAAAUACAAAAACAUUCAAAAGCUUUCUGCUAAUAGCAGUAGGACUUAUAAUAGUGCCAUUUUUACCGGCAGCCAACAUAUUAUACCCAGUGGGUUUUGUUAUAGCUGAGAGAAUCUUAUACAUACCUUCUGCCGGUUAUUGUUUGAUGUUAAGUCUUGGUAUAAAUAAAAUUACUGCAAGAGGGGAAACAAUGAAGAAAAUGGUAUAUAUACUCUUCCCUUUAUUAAUAGUAAUUUAUUUGCUCAGAUGUUGGCAAAGGUCAUUCGAUUGGCAAAAUGAGUAUCAAUUGUUUAUAAGUGGACUAUCUGUAUGUCCUUUAAAUGCCAAGAUCCACUACAACAUAGCAAAAGUAGCAGAUGCUGCAAAUCAAACCGAUUGGGCUAUUGCUGAAUACAAAGAAUCUUUAAGAUUAUAUCCAGAAUAUUACCAGGCUUCAAAUAAUUUGGCUAAUUUACUUAAAAAUCAAAAACACUUUACUGAGGCUGAAGAAUAUCUUAGAGCAGCUAUUAAAAAUAAGCAAGAUUUCUCAACCGCAUGGAUGAACCUAGGUAUAGUACUGGCUAAUACAAAUCGAUUUACGGAAUCUGAGGAUGCCUAUAAAAAUGCAUUAAAGUAUCGUAAACACUAUCCAGAUUGCUAUUACAACUUAGGAAAUUUGUAUCUUAGUAUGAACAGAAAGGAAAAUGCUGUAGAAAGUUGGAUGCAAGCUAUAUACUUACAUUCUAAGCAUGCCCUAGCUUGGAUCAAUUUGCUUGCUCUAUUAGAUAAUACAGGAAAUCUAGAAAAAGCAAAAGCAUUAAUACCGAAAGCUGUUGCCGAAUUACCGGAAUCAGCACCAGUUAACUUCGCAAUUGCCAACAUUUAUGGAAAAAUGGAACGAUACACUGAAGCUGAGCAAUACUUUCUAAAGGCAAUAAAAAUUUUUGGUGAUCGAGUACAAGCCAUACAUUAUACUAAUCUUGGAGUGUUAUAUCAUCGUUGGAAACAAUAUAAUUCUGCGGAAGAAAUGUAUAACAAGGCGUUAACACUCAACCCUAUGUUCACGAGUGCUCAUAAAAACUUACAAAGUUUACAAAAACUAAAACAUAAAUAUCAAUAAAAAUAUU